AGCAGCAGCCAAUUGGAAAUUCCGGUGACGCACCAAGAGCCAAUCACAAGGCUGCUUGCUCCGACGACUAGAUUGCGUAUGCUUUCCUCGCGAGCACGUUGCGCAUGUGCCAGCGGCAGUAAUAUGGCUACCCCCAUGGAUCUCGAGCUGAAGAAGGCUUUCACAGAACUUCAAGCCAAAUUUAUGGAUACCCAACAGAAGGUUAAACUUGCAGAUUUACAAAUUGAACAGCUAAACAGGACAAAGAAGCAUUCUUAUCUUACCAGUGCAGAAAUUAGGACCCUGUCUGACUCUACGCCUAUGUAUGAGGGAGUAGGAAGAAUGUUUGUCCUGCAAACAAAAGAUACAAUAAAUAGCCAACUAUUAAAUAAACAAAAAGCCGCUGAUGAGAAAAUUGCAGAGUUGGAGCAAAAGAAGUCGUAUCUGGAGCGAAGCGUAAAGGAUGCAGAAGAUAACAUAAGAGAAAUGUUAAUGGCCAGAAGAAUGCAAUAAGAGUUGUCGGCACAGACACCGUCGUUAUUUCAUGUUUUUAUUACAUGGGGAAUAUGCCAGUGCUGCAGCCUGUAAUAACAUGCAUAUUUGAGUACAUCCUGCAAGACACACUAUAACUAAUAAAGGCAAAUGAGAAAAUGUUAA